AUGGAUCAUGGGAAGAAGUUGGCCAAGGAGACGCUGCUGCCUUCUGUGCUGAAAGACGAUGACGCAGACACGCCGAGAGAAAAGCUGCAGCUGUGGGAGAAUGUAGGUAUCGGUUUUAUUCUCUUGGCAGCAAAUCCAUCUAAUCUCCACACUCAGGCUGCCAGCAGCAGCAGCUCUGGAGAGUCACGAUGUCUUAUUGUGUCAUUCUCCUCCCAGCAAAGAGUGAGCCGGACAGAGGUCGGUGUGCGUGGGCUAAAGGACCAAUGCAUGAGCCCUGACGGGAACGUGCUAGACGAAGGUGAAAGAGAGUGUGAGGAGGAGGAGAAUGAAGAGGAGGAGUGUGUGAUCUCUGAUGAGGACUACGACACAGAUUUGGAGAGUGGAGAUAAGGAGGAGGGAUAUGACCCGACGGGGCAGAGGUGCUACAUGGAGGCGUGUGAAAGGUUCCAGGUGGUGCCCGCCUCGUCCUUCCUGCAGAACGUGCAAAAUUGUGAGCUGAACAUGAUGCAUCGUGGUCUGGGGCCUCAGGGCACCAAAGCCCUGGCGGUUCCCCUGGCAACCAACACUUCAAUACUGAGGCUGAACCUGAGAGAUAACUGGAUGGAAGGACUGGGCGGAGCUGCCAUUGCCACAAUGUUAAAGGAAAAUUGUUACAUUACAGAGGUGGACCUAUCCGAUAACAAUCUCAGGGAUUAUGGGGUCGGAGCCAUUGCUGGUAUGCUGAAAGAGAACAGCACCCUUAAGAGCCUCAAUCUGUCAGGAAACCAUGUCACGGACCAGUCUGCAGAACAGCUUGGUGCAGCUCUGAUCGCCAACACCAAGCUACAACAUCUCGACCUCAGCUACAACGCUCUAGGAGACCAUGCAGGGCAAAUCCUGGGAGACUGUCUGUCAGAGAACACAGGAUUGAGAUCAUUAAACCUGGCCUGGAACUGCAUUCAAGGGAGAGGAGCUGUGAUGCUGGCCAUUGGCCUCGGGGGCAACAUUUUCCUCAGAAGUGUGGAUUUGUCGUUUAACGGCUUGGGUAAAGAAGGAGCUGUUGCUUUAGGACAGGCUCUGAAAGAAAACAAUGUUUUAGAGGAGCUCAAUGUGAGUAACAACCGAAUACCCCCUAAAGGAGCUAUCCACCUAGCCAUGGGCCUCAAAGCAAACAAGACAAUCAAAUCCCUGAAUAUGGGAAGGAACCCCAUCCAGGGUGCUGGAUGCUAUGGGAUCCUUAAGUCUAUUCAGGAAAACCCAGAUUCAGCCAUGGAAACACUAGACUUAUGGGACAUUACAGUGAACCAGGAUUUUGAAGACUUGUAUGCUGCAGUGAAAGAAAUAUUCCCUUCAUUUACAGUAAAUCACGGGGGCAAAUUUGGCUCAUUCAGAAAAGCAAAAGCAUGA